AUGGCUUCUCUAACCGGAUCCAAUUGCGUCACUCUCCGAACCGCCACUUUCGCCGCCGCCGGUAACCGUAAAAUCAAUCAGAUCCACCAAUGGUCUCCGUCCAUGAACCAUCUCCGUCCACUUUCCGGUAUUCACUGCAGAUCCAAGACCUCGUUUAACUCCACUGCUGUGAGAGCACAGGUUGCUACUGCGGAGGAAGCUGUAACCGGAGCAGUGCAGAAAGUGGAAGCGCCGGUUGUGAUUGUAACCGGAGCCUCUAGAGGUAUUGGCAGAGCAAUUGCGCUAGCGUUAGGUAAAGCUGGUUGCAAGGUAUUGGUCAACUACGCCAGAUCAUCUAAGGAAGCUGAAGAGGUUUCCAAAGAGAUUGAGGCACUGGGUGGACAGGCUCUAACUUUUGGUGGAGAUGUUUCUAAUGAAGCUGAUGUGAACUCUAUGAUUAAAACUGCAGUAGAUGCUUGGGGAACUGUUGAUGUAUUGAUAAACAAUGCCGGAAUAACUAGAGAUGGUUUAUUGAUGAGAAUGAAGAAAUCUCAGUGGCAGGAGGUUAUUGAUCUAAAUCUCACUGGUGUUUUUCUUUCCACGCAGGCAGCUGCUAAGAUUAUGAUGAAGAAUAAGAAGGGAAGGAUAAUCAAUAUUGCAUCCGUUGUUGGUUUGAUUGGCAAUGCUGGACAAGCCAACUAUGCUGCUGCCAAGGCAGGAGUAAUUGGCCUGACAAAAUCUGUUGCAAAGGAAUAUUCUAGCAGAGGCAUCACUGUUAAUGCUGUUGCUCCAGGAUUUAUUGCAUCUGACAUGACUGCCAAGUUAGGAAAAGACAUAGAAAAAAAGAUUUUGGAGGCAAUUCCAUUAGGGCGUUAUGGCCAACCAGAAGAAGUUGCUGGACUAGUGGAGUUCUUGGCCCUUAAUCAAGCUUCCAGCUACAUCACUGGGCAGGUUUUCACCAUCGAUGGAGGCAUGGUGAUGUAA